AUGCACGUCACUUCCUUAACCCCUCACAUGUGUAAUAGUGAGGGUUCGUCCAGAGGGUUGACAAAAGGUGCAUGGACUUCUGAAGAAGAUAGUCGUUUGAGGCAAUGCAUUGAUACUUAUGGAGAAGGCAAAUGGAAUCUAGUUCCUUUACGUGCUGGGUUAAACCGAUGCAGGAAGAGCUGUAGACUAAGAUGGGUGAACUACUUGAAUCCGAAUAUCAAAAGAGAAGAAUUUGGUUCUGACGAAGUUGAUCUUCUCCUUCGCCUUCAUAAGCUUCUAGGAAACAGGUGGUCAUUGAUUGCUGGUAGAUUGCCUGGUCGAACCGCUAAUGACGUCAAGAAUUACUGGAACACAAAUUUGGCUAAGAAGCAAGAACCGUGUUACGCAAGCAAAAUGAGAAAAAGAGAAAUUACUUGCUCACCAACGGCACCGGCCGAAAAACUCAAUGUUAUAAGGCCUCAACCUCGAUCCUUCUCCAGCAAUAAUGGGUGCAGCUCACUCAACGUCUUGUCAGAAGUUGGCUUUGGCGAAGUAAGCACCAAAUAUGGUAGUAUAAUCACAUGUAACAAAGGUAAGGAGAAAUGUGAUAAUUUCGUCAACAAUCUAAUGGAUGGAGAGAUUAUGUGGACGAAGAGUUUGCUGGAAGAGAACCAAGAGGCAGACGCAGUGGGUACCGUAGGUACUACAAGUGACGAGGGAGAUAGUUCUUCGACCGACUCAAUGUCUUCGACGUUUGAGAACCUUGGGAGUCUGUUCAAUGCAGAUACAAGAGAGGUUGAUUAG